AGUUUAUAAUUGAAGUUUUCUUUGAAUGGAGAAGUGGGAUACGGCAUUUUUCAUUAAAUGCUAGUAAUUAGUAUUUAUAUCACCAUAACAUCAAAAUUCAAGACAUGCACUACUGUGGAGGUUAGAUCUUGAUGACUAAAAAGUCACGUGGCAUGCGUCAACCAAUGCGACACGCUGAUCCUCAAGACGUGGCAUAAACUACGAUUCUCUUUCAAGUCCGCCAUAUUGACAUUCGACAACUUUUUGGGAGGACGGGUGAAUGUUACAGCGUUUUUCUAAAGUAUAAGGUGUUUUUUUUUCAAAACGUUUAUAAAGUAAGCAAUCACUAUGGGUAAUGUGUUUGCGAAUUUAUUCAAAGGCCUUUUCGGCAAAAAAGAAAUGAGGAUAUUGAUGGUAGGGCUUGAUGCAGCUGGUAAAACUACUAUUUUAUAUAAACUUAAAUUAGGAGAAAUUGUAACAACUAUUCCAACUAUUGGAUUUAAUGUGGAGACUGUAGAAUAUAAGAAUAUUAGCUUUACAGUGUGGGACGUAGGUGGUCAAGACAAAAUUAGGCCGUUGUGGAGACAUUAUUUCCAAAACACUCAGGGCCUAAUUUUCGUAGUAGACAGUAACGACAGGGAGCGUAUAACUGAAGCAAAAGACGAAUUAAUGCGAAUGCUUGCGGAAGAUGAACUACGAGAUGCUGUACUUUUGAUCUUUGCUAACAAGCAAGAUCUUCCAAAUGCAAUGAACGCUGCAGAAAUUACCGAUAAAUUGGGUCUCCAUUCAUUACGUAACCGCAAUUGGUACAUUCAAGCUACCUGUGCAACCAGCGGAGAUGGUCUUUAUGAAGGUCUUGAUUGGUUAUCCAAUCAACUGAAGAACGCCAAUCGUUAGAACAUAAAAAGAGGAGUGCGCAAAAAGUGUGCGAGUGCAGAUGGUUUUUCUUGUACUCUUGUCGUGUCAAUCUCGCGCGCGCGCGCGAAAAGAUUUCGUAUACCAUAUGUUGCAAUUUUUAGUAUCAAAUUGGGUGAUUAGUUAAUUUGAGGGGUCUUGAAUAUUGCAGUUGGUGACUGGUGUUGUACACUACGAAUAAAAAAACAAUAGUUAUAAGUUGAAAAUAAUGUGAAUCUCUGCUUUUUAUGUUGAGAAUUGUAGAUAAAAGUAGAACCUUUUGCAUUAUAACAUGGGACGUUUCAAGAAGUUUGCUUUUGAUAAAUAUUCACACCAAGGCAUAUUUUAUUUUUGACUAACAACAUUCCAAACAAUGUUAUAAAAUUGUGAUAUUUUUUACUCCUCACUUAAAAUGCUUUUCAGUAGAAGAAAAUUUUUGCCAUUAUAAAAAUAUUUUUUUUGAAUAAUUUUUCUUUAUAUUAAAUAAUAAUUGGGAAUUUAUUACAUUCUAAUAUGUUUUGAAGAAUUUUUCAAAACCAUUUAAAAAUAUGUUUCUGUAUAAUUUUAAAAGGUUCCAAAAGAUAUCCCCUUUUUAUUACACCACUUGUCGCUAAAUGCAUCCGUUCUCCCCAUACAAAUUACAUUAUGCUAAAUACGCAGUAUAUAGUGUAUACUAAAAUUAAUUUAUUCGUCGUCCCAUUUCAGGUGAAAGCUUUUUUGUACCAUAUAUAAUUUUCAUUGUUUGUAUUAAGUUAAAAUGUACAGUAGACACAUUGUAUUUAAAAUAAAUAUUUUUGAUCUUAACAAUUUAAUGGUAUAUUGUAACAUAUGGUAAGGCUGUUUUCGUAUUUAACAAAUAAACCAAGAACAUGUUUUUGAAAAGUC